AUGUCCAAGGUCAUGGGACUGACGCUUGCCGAGAGCCAGUACAUGUCGAGUCAGCCGGAUAGCGUCAUUCGUCCCAGCUCGCCAUCGUCUAGGUUUGCACGUACCAAAGCGUCAAUUCACCGAAACAAGGCCGCCGCCCUAACAACCGAGCCUGGGUCUGUCUUCGCUUGGAAUGGGGAGAGGCAGAGCGGCGAUCGGGCUGGGUUGCCAAGGAUGCUCGCUCCGCAAAGCAACAUCCUUGUAUCUCCCAACCCUACCAAGAUGUCUCAGAAAAUGGAAGUCUCGGGCCCGUGGUACGAGCUUCAAAGCGGGUCUAAGCUUCUUGUAACCAGGAUUCAUACUGGCUGA